AUGCGUCUAUUAACUAUAAGCCUGUUUCUUUCGGUUGCUAUAGCAGAUGCCACAUCCUUCGUCACUCCUAAUAGACAUCGCACAAAAAAGGAGCCGGACUACCCUAAAAGAUGCUACCCCAAUCCUUGUAAAGGCGUGACUUACGUGAACUCGACCGCAAUUUGCGGUGACCCACGACUCGGUCCGAAAGAGCUUCCUGGAUUCUUCCCUCUCUCCAACGAACUCGAGACAUACGCCCGCUUUGGCGAGCUCUGCCCGAUCGAGUUCCUGGAGAAAUGGACUUUGAACGCUUCCGACCCAAAGGGUUACUGGAUCUAUCCAAACAGCGACGGUUUCGCCGUCACAUCCGAAAAUGAGUCUAUUCUGGGCAAUUUUACACUGCGCGUGGGUCAGAAGCUUGAUAGAUUCGGGUCUGAAUAUGGGAAGUUCCUGGCCCCUCUUGGAGCUCCAUAUAUCGAACGCUCACUGCCACCAUCCAAUCUUUUCGCGCCUCCCAAAAGCAGCUUCCCCUACAACUAUCAUGUCUACGAAGUAACAAAGGAAUUUGAUAUUCUCUUGGGACCCAUUGCACCUUGGUUUGAACAGCCUGGCUUUGGAUCGCAGCUUUUGGCUCAGUCCAGUGUGAUGGAUCUGUUGAAUGGGGGAUAUUUGAAAAGACUGGAAUUGCAAGACUAUGACGAAGCUGAUGAGUACUCCGCGGGUUAUCUGCCUGCUCCACCCAAGGAGUCUUCCAAAUAA